UCUAUCAUCUCCCUCCUCCUCCUCCUCCACAAUCCCCCCCCCCCUCUCCCCCACCACUUCCACUUCCACCUCCACCACUGUCUUUCUCUCUCUUGUCAAUAAUUUGUUCUAGGGAGAUAAAAAUAGGUGCCCAUAUCGUGAAAAUCCAAUAUUUUUGCACUAAAACAAAUAAAAAUCCCAUCUUUGUAUGGAAUCUUACUCUAUUCCUUUCUUACACAAGUUCCCACAUCCUUAUUUUCCUUCCUUUUUAUUUCAUUUUUGUUCUUGUUUGUGUUCCAUUUAAUAUCUCAUAUUUUGUCAUAGAAAGAUCAAGUCCUUUUGUAGUGUUUUUUAGGCCUGAAAAAUAAGUGGAAGAAAAUAGUGAAUUGGGUUUUUUUGAAAAAAUGAGAGAGGAUGAUUCUAAUUGGUUUUCAAGAUGGGAAGAAGAGCUCCCAUCACUUGAAGAACUCAUGCCUUUAUCACAAACCCUAAUCACUCCUGAUCUUGCUCUUGCUUUUGAUAUUACAAACCCCACUAAUACCACCAAUACCAAUAACCAUAACUCCUCUCUGCAUCAAAACCAGCCUCUACCACCACCCCCACCACCACCGGCUGCGGUUUCUCCAACCCCAACUAAUCCAUUGGCCUCACCACAGCCUAAUUCAGGGGAUUUUGCAACGGAUUCUGGGGAAUUGGGCUCAGGGGCUGGUGGUGAUGAGCCUGCAAGAACCCUUAAAAGGCCAAGGCUUGUUUGGACUCCACAGCUUCAUAAGAGGUUUGUGGAUGCUGUGGCACACUUGGGGAUAAAGAAUGCUGUCCCUAAGACAAUAAUGCAGUUAAUGAAUGUGGAUGGGUUAACUAGAGAGAAUGUUGCUAGUCAUUUGCAAAAAUAUAGACUUUAUUUGAAAAGAAUGCAGGGUUUGUCUUCUGGUGGUGGUGGUCCUGGUAAUGGUGCUGUUGGUGGUGGAGGUGGAUUGACUGGUGGCUCUGAUGCUGCUACUGAUCAUUUGUUUGCGAGUUCGCCGGUGCCAGCCCAUUUUUUGCAUCCAGGGAGGCCUAAUUCGGAUCACUUCUUGCCGUUUGUGCCUGUAGCUGCAUUGCAGCAGCACCAUCACCAGCAACAGAUGGCGGCUGCAGCAGCUGCAGUGGGACAUCCCCAAUUGCAGGGUCAGUAUCAUAGGCCGAUGGGGCACUUUGGGUCGCCAACAAAUGGUCAGUUUGAGCAUCCAUUUUUGGCUAGGCAAACGCAGCAGCCUGUGCAUAGAAUGGGGGCACCAGUGCACAAUGCAGUUCCUGGAUAUGUGGAGGAUUUGGAGUCAGCGAAUGGGAAUGAAGGAAGGAAAGUUCUCACUUUAUUUCCAACAGGGGAUGAUUGAAUUUGGGUAAUUGUGACUUCUUCAUUGAUCUUUCUCUUUAUGGUUGAUUUGGCUCCUGGGUUUUUGUUAAAUUGGUAUUUGCUGGUAGUUUUUUUAGAGUUCAAUUUAGAAACUUUGUUGUCAUUACUGCAUUAGCUGCCGCUGCUGCUGCUGUCGUUGUUAGCGAUCUUAAUGGUAGAUAUUGGUCUCGGGCUUCCAUCUACAAAUCCCAAAAAUUCCUUCUUAAUUCAUUGUAAUAUCGGUGUCUCUUGGGGGUAACUGGGAGUGAUGGAUUGUGUCAUUUAUGGUGUCUUCAAUUCUACGGGCUUCUACAUGUGUAAUUAAGAUGUUGGUAGCAGUCUGUAUGUCCUGUCAGCUCCUGUUGACAGAUUGAGAUGUCAUUCUUGGCGGAAAAUAAUGUAAGCUUAAUCCAUGUCAACAGUUGUUACAGUCUUGAGAUAUUGGGUCAGCCUGGAUUUCGGAGAGGGUUUACAUCCCAAGGUUGUAUGGGAGUCGGCGCGAUGUUGUUCUAUUUUUAGUCUUCUUCUUCAUUGAGGCUCUAUUGUCAUUGCUCAUGAUGGGCAGCUAGAGCAUUUGUGCUUGCUGAUGAGGAUAAAUAAUGGUGGCAAGUGCAUUUUAUGAUCUUCAGAAAUCUAAGCAUGGGUUUGGUAAUUGGUAUCCUUGGUUGGCACAUUGGUACUCGGUUUCUUGGCGAGGUCCAAAAAUCUCUCUACUAUUAGAGCCUUCGGCCUUUUUUCUGUUUAUUACUCCUGUGUUGUAGAGUUGAGUGGUCUUGUUGUACAUUGUGUGACUCCAUAGAAGACUUAAGACCCUGAAGAGUGGUUCUUUUAAAAUCUGAUGUUCUUAUAAUGUUUAAUUUAAUUUAAUGUCCCAGUUGAAGUGGCUGGAGUUUAUUUGUGCCCA